AUGAGUACACAAUUUUAUUUUGGAUUACCGUUAAAAACGGUACCAUUAAGAAUAUAUAUUCCAAUAGUAUUAAGACAUUUAUUAAAAUUAAUUAAAUCACCUAAUUCUAAAUUGUUACAAAAGAAAAGAGCUCAAUAUAUUUUAUUAUCAAUAAUUUUAUCGUCGUUAACAAUUUUAUCUGGUGCAACUUACGGUAGUUAUAAAUUAAUUCAAAAAUUAAUCAAUUUUUAUAAUUUAAACUGGAAUUUUAGAAAAUAUGGUAAAACAACAAUUAGAAGAACAAGAUCACAAAUGCAAUUUGCCUCGGGUGCAAGAGUAAUGUAUAUCCCUGAUACUCAAUUAACAAAUAAAUUAAAUAAUGAUGAAAAUAUCAUGACACAAUUACAAAAUUUUAAUGAUAAGAAAAAAAAAAUAUUUAUUAAACCAAGAAAUGAUGAUCUUUAUGAACAUGAUAGUUUUAUAUUUAAAGUUGUUGGUAUGAGUGAUAGUAAUUCAUCAAAUAUUUUUUAUUCAAAAUUUUUAAAUCAAAUGAAUUGUCUUUCAAGAAUAUUAAUUCCAAAUAUUUUUGAUAAAAAUUCUUUAUUAUUAACUCUACAAGUUUGUUUCUUAAUAUUAAGAACUUGGUUAUCUCUCUUUGUUGCUAGAUUAGAUGGACAAAUUGUAAGAGAUAUUAUUUCAAGAAAACCAAAAAAAUUCUUAAUUGAUUUAUUAAUUUGGUUUUUAAUUGCUUUACCUGCUUCAUAUACAAAUAGUGCAAUUAAAUUAUUACAAAGAAAAUUAAGUUUAAAUUUUAGAGUUAAUUUAACAAGAUACAUUCAUGAUAUUUAUUUGGAUAAAAGACAAACUUUUUAUAAAUUAAUAUUUGAUUCAAAAUCUUCAAGUUCAAUUAUUAAAAAUAUUGAUAAUUCAAUAACUAAUGAUGUCACUAGAUUUUGUGAUGCUACUUGUUCUGUUUUUGCAAAUAUUGCUAAACCUGUUAUUGAUUUAAUAUUUUUUUCAUUUUAUUUAAGAGAUAAUUUAGGAACUUUAGGUGUUGCAGGUAUUUUUGUUAAUUAUUUUAUAUCAGGUUAUAUCUUAAGAGGUUAUACACCACCACUAGGAAAAUUAAGUAGUGAAAGUUCUGCUGCAGAUGGGAAUUAUUAUAAUUAUCAUUUAAGUUUAAUUAAUAACAAUGAAGAAAUUGCAUUUUAUCAUGGUACUGAUGUGGAAAAAAUUAAAGUAAAAAUAUUAUAUGACACAUUAAUGGAAAAAAUGUUAAAUAUUAGUAAAAGAAAAUUUAAUUAUACUAUGCUUGAAGAUUAUAUUUUAAAAUACACCUGGUCAGGUUUAGGUUAUAUAUUUGCUUCAAUUCCUAUUGUAAUGUCAGGUGGUAAUAGUAAUAAUAAUAAUAAUAACUUCGAGAAAAAUUCAGAACAAUCAAAUAUGAAAGAUUUUAUUGUAAAUAAAAGAUUAAUGCUUUCUUUGGCUGAUGCAGGAUCAAGGUUAAUGCAUUCAAUUAAAGAUAUUUCACAAUUAACUGGUUAUACAAAUAGAAUCUUUACAUUAAUUUGUGCUUUACAUAGAGUACAUUCAAUUAAUUUUAAUUAUGGUGCUAGUAAGAAAUUUUUAAAAGAUAAACAUCAAUUAGAAAAUUUUGAUUCAGAAAGAGAGAAUAAUAUUAAUAAUCAUCAUCAUCGUAAUAUAUCGAGAUCAUUAAAUGGAGAAGAUGUCAUUCAAGGUACAAUUCAACAUAAUUUCAAUGGUUUAAGAUUUGAAAAUAUUGAUGUCAUUGUUCCCUCCAAUAAAGGAAAACAAGGUCAUAAAUUAUUGAAAAAAUUAACUUUCCAAAUUCCAAGAUUAAUUGAACCAACAUCUUCAAAGACUAAUUCUAUUCAAGAUAUGACUGAUAUGGCUAAUAUUUCAACACCUUUCAUUAAUGGACCUGGAUCAAGUAUUUUGAUUUUAGGUUCAAACAGUUGUGGGAAAAGCUCUAUUCAAAGAAUUAUUGCAGAAAUUUGGCCAAUUUAUAAUAAAAAUGGACUCUUAUCAAAACCUCCUGAGAAAGAUUUAUUCUGUGUUCCUCAAAGACCUUAUUUUACAAAGACUGGUACUUUAAGAGAUCAAAUAAUUUAUCCAAUGUCAACUGAUGAAUUCUUUGAUCGUGGGUAUAAAGACAACUUGUUGGUUCAUAUAUUAAAAGAAGUAAAAUUGGAUUAUUUAUUGAAAAGAUCAAAAGGUUGGUCUUUUUUCGAUGAAAGAGCAGAUUGGAAGGAUGUCCUAAGUGGUGGUGAAAAGCAAAGAGUGAAUUUUGCACGUAUUCUGUUUCAUCGACCAAGAUUUGUCGUAUUAGAUGAAGCUACAAAUGCAAUUAGUGUGGAUAUGGAAGAUUAUCUUUUCCAACUAUUGAGAACAUAUAACUUUAACUUUCUAACUAUAUCUCAACGUCCAUCGUUGAUUAAAUAUCAUGACAUGUUAUUAGAGAUAACAGGUGAGAAUGGUGCAUGGCAAUUACAAGAUUUGGGUACGGAUGAAGCUAUAGUCACCAUAGACAUAGAAAUGGAGGAUCUUGAAGAAAAACUUCAAAACGUUGAAGAUUGGGAAAAUGAAAGAGUAGUUUUGAAGAAAGAACUGGAGUCUAUAUAG